AGCCGACAGCCUCAGUUUUACUGCAUUUCACCAAGAGUUAGGAAGUAUUUUUUUUUAAUAAAAUGUACAAUAAAUUGUUUUUAUUAUUGUGUGUGCUGUUCGCAAUACAGUUUACAGCAUUUGCACACCCAUUGGAAAAUGACAAGGAUGCACAAGAAGAAGCCGAUAUUAAGCCGCCAAAAGAGCAAAGCAUAAUACCGGAUACACCUGGUGUGCAGGAGUUCAAAAAAGACAUAGUGAGUCACGUAAUAGCAAGCCUUGGGAACGAGGAAGGAGACGAAACUGGUGUCCAAAGUGCGCAAUUGUCUUCAGCAGAGGUAGAUUUGCCCUGCUUGCCAAAUGAUGCUGUUAGAAUACAUGUGCUUAGAAGCAAUUUCCCGUUGCCAGAGCGCCUUUUCCAUGCACCAAAGAGAUGUUCGGAGGAAGAGAAUAAAUGAAGCUUACAUGAAAUUAAAUAUAAAUCACUCUUUAAGAAUUUA